AUGGCCUUUCAGGAGCUCUUGGAAAAAGCAGGAGGUCUGGGGAGGUUCCAAAUCCUUCAGAUGGCUUUCCUUAUAGCAUCCAUUGCACUAGCGAGUCCUCACAGUCUGCUGGAGAACUUCACUGCAGCCAUCCCUGGUCAUCGCUGCUGGGUUCAAGUUCUGGACAACAACACUGUCUCUUUUAAUGGUACUGAGAUCCUGAACUCAGAUGUCCUUCUGAGAAUCUCCAUCCCCCUGGAUUCAAACCUGAGGCCAGAGAAGUGUCGUCGUUUCCUCCACCCCCAGUGGCAGCUCCUUCUGCUUAAUGAGACCUUCCCCAACAUGAGUGAGCCAGAUACAGAGCCCUGUGUGGAUGGCUGGGUGUAUGACCGAAGCGUCUUCUCUUCCACCAUCGUGAAUGAGUGGGACUUGGUGUGUGGCUCUCAGAUUCUGAAAUCAGUGGCUCAGUUCAUUUUCAUGAGUGGAGGCCUGAUAGGAAGCUUCAUAUGUGGCUGUCUCUCAGAUAGGUUUGGACGGAAAGUGGUGCUCAAAUGGUGUUACCUCCAACUGGCUGUCUUUGGAACGGGUGUGGCCUUUGCUCCCACCUUCCUUAUUUACUGUUCACUGCGUUUCUUGACUGGCUUUUCUUCCAUGGGUGUUUUGAUCAACUGUGGCUUGCUCAUGUCGGAGUGGGCAAUGACUGAAUCCAAAGCCAUGGUGAUAACACUAGGACACUGUGCCGCUAGUGUGGGACAGAUACUCUUGGGAGGCCUGGCUUUUGCUAUUCAAGAGUGGCGCACACUCCAGCUGGUGCUAUCUCUGCCCUUCUUCAUCUUCUUUCUGUCCUCAAGGUGUCUGGUGGAGUCUGGUCGGUGGCUGAUUGUCAAUAACAAGCCAGAGGAGGGCUUAAAGGAACUUCAAAAAGUUGCAUGCAUGAAUGGAAUAAAGAAUGCUGGAGAAAUCUUCACCAUGGAGGUGACAGGGAAAGGGAGCUGA